AUGUCUACUAGUCUACUAUCUGAGGCUACACUAUCAACUAGUGACUCAAGUCAGUCAGUUUCAAAUUGUCAUGAUUUUAGUACAGAUAUUGGAAAUUAUUUACAAGGCUCAAAUCUAUGUCCAUCUGAUUUUAUUAAGGUUAGAUUACUUGAAAUGAAUAAUAUUCCUUCAAAUGAAUUUGUAUAUCCAUUUAGUGUCCAUUUAAAAAAGGGAAAAGAAGAGAAACGGUACCUAAAAAAAUCUCAUUUUGAAAAUUAUCCUUGGUUGGUAUAUUCUCCAUAUAAAGGUGGAUUAUUUUGCAAAUAUUGUGUGCUGUUUGCUGUUAAAGGUGGAAAAGAUAAAAAUGUUACACUAAACAAAUUUGUCAACUCUCCUCUAACUAAGUUUGCUAAAAUUAUGGGUGCAGAUGGAGAUUUUAGUGUACACAGUAAUCAUUUGUAUCAUAAAAAUGCUGUACAAGUAGCUCUUGAUUUUUUGAAUACUUAUAAAAACCCACAAACAGAAAUAGUCAAUGUUUUGAAUUCUAAUAGAAUGAAAACCGUGGCUGAAAACCGUGAACGACUCAGACCCAUUAUUGAGUCCAUACUAUUUCUUGGGCGUCAAAAUAUAGCUCUAAGAGGGCAUCGAGACCAAGGCAUAUUAAAUACUUCUACUACAACUUCAUCUGUUAUUAAUGAGGGUAAUUUCAGAGAAUUGUUAAAAUUUCGUGUGGCAUCAGGUGAUGCUAUUUUAGAAAAACAUUUAAAAACAUGUAAUUCAAAAGCUACAUAUAUUUCUCACACAACUCAGGAAAAUAUAAUUGAUUGCAUUAAAGAUGAGUUGCUGACAUGCAUUUUAAAUGAUGUAAAAAAUUUUAAAUAUUACAGUGUAGUUUUUGAUGAAACUACAGAUGUCUCCCAUGUUUCUCAAUUAAGCUUAAUAUUGAGAUAUAUAGACAAUAAAAACAAUGUCCAUGAAAAAUUUGUAGGUUUUAUAAAUUGUCAUGAUGAUGCAUUUCAUAAAGAAAAGAAUAUUGUAGAUUUAGCAAUAGAUGAACAUGAAAACCCAAACAUAGAGCCAAAAUUAACAGGUGAAGUCUUAGGAAACAUUGUUGUAUCUGCUAUGCAAAGUAUGUCACUAGAUUUAAAUAAAUGUGUCGGCAUUGGAACAGAUGGGUGUUCAGUCAUGACAUCAGUAGUUCACGGAGCUGUCCAACGUGUCCAGACCAAUUGUGAAAAUGCAAUUUUUAGUCCAUGUUCCAACCACGCCUUAAAUUUAAGUAUUUCUAAAUCAUCAAAUGUCCACUUAGUAUGUAUAACUGAAUGGAAUGAUGUGGUGUCAUCAUCAAAGGCAAAAACAUUGCUCUUAUCAAUUUGUACUUGUGACUUUGUAUUAACUUUGUAUACAAUGACUGAAAUACUAAGUGUUACAGCAGCAGCAAGCAGGAUAUUACAAGGAACCGCACAAGAUAUUGUUAGUGCUGAAAACUGCAUAGAUUCAAUUGUAAAAAAUUUAGAAGACAAGCGUUUAAAUUCAGUACCACGCACAUCUAAACGUCAAACUCAUCGAUCCAACACUCCAGCCAGUAAUCCCGAGGAGUACUAUAGAAGAGUUUUGUAUAUUCCUAUUCUUGACAAUGUCCUGGAAGAUCUACGCAUGAGAUUCUACAGCAAAAAAAAUAGAACUGUAAUUUUGCUCAUGCAAUUAGUACCAGUUUCAAUUAUCAACAUGUCUCCAGAGAU